AUGCAGCACUGUCUUCGUCGCCUCUACUCGACAAUCCCCGAGGCGGCAGCUGUCGCUAGGACAGCGUCUACGCCGAGGGCUGUCCGUCUUCGUCGCCUCCGACUUCACAAGCGAAAGCAUGCAGAAUUGCCUGUCGAAUCUGACGCGACUCCCGAAGGCCUCACACCUACUGAACUCGCGCGGUACAAGCGUGAGCUUGCGAAGGGGAAUUUGAUGCAGAAGGACGGCCGUGACUUGUCGGAGAAGGAAUGGCUGGACCGGCUCGACGCGCGACGAAGUCGGGUACGCGGUGUGCGCGAGGUUGUGACUGAGGACGGUCAGAAGGAAGAGCAGGUCGUCGGGCAGAAGGUAUACCUCCCGAACAUCCUCUUCCGCUUGGUGCGCAAUCACACGCCUCCGGGCCAGCCGUACAACCCGUACGAGGCCACGUUCCGCAUUCCCCAGUCUGUGACCAAGACGGACGUGCGCUCAUACCUCCUCGCUGCAUACGGUGUCAAGACGACGUAUAUUCGCACCGACAACUAUCUCGCACCACUCCUACGGGACCCCCAUGACUACUCCUUCAAGAGGACAACACGCAUGACGUACAAGCGUGCAGUUGUCGGCCUUGUCGAGCCGUUCUACUACCCACAAGCCAUUGAAGACAUGAACAAGCAGCAGCGCGAGGAGCGGUUGGCAUGGCUGGAGCGCAGCUUCAGGAUAAAUUACUACCAGGACUUGAGGCAGGGAGCACUCAUUCGAAUGUCGAGGGCGGGUAGCAAGGGCUGGAAGUGGCGGACGGGUGCAACAGCAAACAGAGGGAAUAUCCUCCGCAUUAUUGCAGAGCGGAGAGCGGCCAGAGAGCGCACCAUUCUUGAGACAAAAAACAAGAUCCAGGAGAGCAGGACGCCGACGAGCGAGGUCGCUACCGCUUAG